CUCAUACAUAGGACUAAUCUUUUGGUUUUUAUUAGAGUAGCCACAGGAAACUUCAAAUUACGGUAAGUCUCCAGCCACCAUGUCGUCCCACCUGAGAAGUUUCCACCUGUGGUUUGGUCUGUGUUUGGUUGUAUUGACGUCUGGCGUCAGCACGGUGACGCUGACUCACGAGCAGCGAGUCAGAGACGCAGUGGCUGAGUUAACUGGUGCUUGUAAAAGUUUGGUAGAGUAUAACAUGGGUGUGUUGAUGUCAGGGUGUAGCACGUUCGAGGCCUUUCAAAUUUCUUUUACUGGCAACUGUAACAAGACGCAGUUAGACAAGAUACACACGGCGGUUUGCAACUUCAGUCUUUCGACGGCAACAACAACAACAGCAAAACCAGCAACCACAGAUCGUACAACAUAUGUUCAACAUGCUAUCAACAUCUCGAUGUUCUUGCCAUUGGCCCAGACACACAAGGAGUUAGUGGAUUACGUCAUAGCCAACAUUUCUUCAGAGGAUUGUCGUGCCAUGAUACAAGGAACCAUCGCGAAUAUGCUGUCAGGAGACGAUACUAGCUGGUGUGGGAAACUUUUGAUGUAUCAAGAUUUUUUGAUACCCAAAUGUGAACAAAAUGAUUAUAACAAUUUUAAAGAAGCGAUGUGUAUGACAUUUGUUAAAGCACCAACAAGCACCACACUAAAAACGACCUCCACACCAACACCAACAUCUACCACAUCCACGUCCACCACCACAGUACCACCAAUUAUCUCUUUAUAUCUCCCACUAUCUGAGUCCCACAAAGACCUUGUGAGGUUGAUCAUCUACAACAUUUCUUCAGACAAUUGCAAGGCUGUAGUCACCUCAGACAUAAACACUAUUUUUGAAUUUUCAGAAAGUCAAUGGUGCUUCUACUUUUCCUCUUACGGUGAUGCGUUAGUUAACAGUUGUUCUAAAGCUGAUAUUGACAUUAUUCGCAUCGCCAUGUGUAUGCCGUUUAUCAAGCCACCAUCUACCUCGGCCAAGAGCACAUCACCUUUAAUGACCGCACUGCUGUCUAGCACAACUGAAGCAGUACCAACUCACAGCACGACAAGGUCGACAACCUCGACUGUGGAACCAACCAGUCAAAGAACUACAGACAGGACACCAGUAAACACCGUGUCAGUACACACCAACGAGACACCGGUACACACCGCGUCAGUACACACCAACGAGACACCAGCACACACCGCGUCAGUCCAUAUGAACGAGACGAGGCUACAGAAAGCUUUACGAGAAGUCGGCUAUGAUUUGACAACACCGACAUGCAAACAGCUGCUGGAAGCUGAAAGGCAAACCCUGAGCAGCUUCCCUGAAGGAUGUUGUAUGCUGGAGUCUCCCAUUGGCAUGUCCUUGGUCCCGUCUGUGUGUACACAACUCGAGUACGACAGGGUGCACAAUGUCCUGUGUGUCAACGUGACAUGUACAACAACGGCACCACCAGAACACGUGACGGAUAGUUCUGGCUACAUGACGACUGGAACAUCUGACAGUACAACGCCAACACACUCCACCGUGACGACAACAACCAACACCACCCCACCAAAGGCCAACAUCUUCCCACUGAAACUUCGACUACUUUUCUCCGUUAUUACAAAUGAUAACGUGACGGAACAGCUGGAGGUGUUGGUCAACUAAACUCUGGCACCAGACCAACAGCUGGGGUGUUGGUCAACUAAACUCUGGCACCAGACCAACAGCUGGAGGUGUUGGUCAUCUAAACUCUGGCACCAGACCAACAACUUGGGUGUUGGUCAGCUAAACUUUGGCCACAGACAAGAUGCAUCAAACAUAUUUUUAUCUAGACUUUUGUUUACCAGCAUGCUUAUAAAAUCACUGUUUAAAUUUAAAAUCAAAAGACAUAUGAUUGACUUGCAUCACUAUCAAAAUGUUUACAUUUACAGACAGAAGACAUGAUGAUUGGCUUGUGUCAAUCCCACUACCAAACGAUCUGUAAUUCAAAUGCUUG